CAGAACUAAUGAAGAUGGUACAAAGUUCAAGCCAAUUUUUCUGGAAACUGUCGACCCAAACAGUAAGAUGGGCAACUACAAGCGAGCAACAAAUCACCAGAAGUGCAUAAGAGUGGGCGGUAAACACAAUGAUCUGGAGACUGUGGGAAAAGAUCUUUAUCAUCAUACCUUCUUUGAGAUGUUAGGAAGUUGGUCUUUUGGUGAUUACUUUAAGGUGGAGGCGUGUGCAAUGGCUUUGGAGCUGUUAACCGAAGUGUAUGGCCUGCCAGUUAACCGUCUGUACUUUACAUACUUUAGUGGUGAUACCAGGCUCGGGCUACAACCAGACCUUGAAACCAAAAAUAUAUGGCAGAGUCUUGGAAUACCUCAAAAGCGUAUUCUGCCUUUCUAUAUGGAAGACAACUUUUGGGACAUGGGUAAGACAGGGCCAUGUGGGCCUUGUACAGAGAUCCACUACGACCACACAGGAGAUGGGACAGGCGUGCACCUCGUCAACAGGGGCUCCCCACAGGUUGUGGAGAUCUGGAACCUGGUCUUUAUGCAGUAUAACAGGUGUGAAGAUUCCUCCCUGACACAGCUCCAACGCCAACAUGUAGACACUGGGAUGGGGCUGGAGAGGAUGGCUGCUGUUCUACAGAACACAGAGUCUAACUACAACACUGACCUCUUCUCUCCAAUAUUUGAGGCCAUUAGUAAGGAGACAAAGAUACGGCCUUACCAGGGAUUGGUGGGAGAGCAGGACCAGGGAGGGAUAGAUACAGCCUACAGGGUUGUAGCCGACCACAUACGCAUGUCCUCCAUAUCCAUCGCCGACAGUCUGCUGCCUAAUAGAUCUGGUCUUGGGUUGACCUUGAGAAUUGUCAUGUCACAAUGUUUCCAGCAGGCCCACCAGGUACUCAGGAUGCCCCAGGGGUCGGUGUCCGGGCUGGUGGAUGUUGUUGUCGACAGUCUGGGGGAAGCCUAUCCAGAACUACAAAAAAAUCACUCAAAGAUUAAAAACAUAACUAAAGACACAGAAAAAUGGUUUACAAGCCUAGUUUCCAGUUCAGAAACAGCAUUCAGCAGUUUUGUUAAAAAGACUGCUAGCAAAAGGGACCACACGCAUAUGUCAGUUGAAGAUAUGAUGGACCUUCACAAAGGAAAAUAUGGAACCAAAGUGCCACUAACAAUCAUGCAGGAGAUGGCGGUAAGACAAGGAUACUCAUUUGAAGAUGCUGCCUUUAAGGAAGCUAGAAUACAGGAACAGCCGUUAGAGCAAACUGCAGAGCAAACGGACAAACUGAAGUUAAAUAGAAGUAUGAUAGAAUCCCUACAGCAGCGCGGCAUCCCCUGUACUGACGACAGUUUCAAGUAUUCCUACACCUCCUGUGGAGGAACAUAUGAAUUCCUGGAAAAUUUUAAAGGCAGUAUACUAGGACUGAUGGACAGUACAGGCUUUGUGGAUGAAAUUGGUGCUGAUGUUCAGUGUGGAAUCAUUGUUGACAGGAGCAUGUUCUACAGUGAAGCUGGUGGCCAGGCCGCAGACAUUGGAUACAUUAAAACAGAGCAUGGAUCCUUCAGGGUGGAGGACGUCCAGACAUUUGAUGGAUACGUGUUACACAUUGGGCAUGUUGAGAGCGGAGAGCUACGUAUCGGUGAGACAGCACUACAGACGAUUGACAAGGAGCACAGAAUGGGAUGUAUGCGAAACCACACAGCGACACACUUGUUGUUAGAAGGGUUGAGGAAGGUCAUAGACGUCAAUGCGGAACAGGCUGGUUCUAGAAUUUACGCUGAUCACUUCUCAUUCGACUUCACUACACCUGUGAAGAUGGAAGCUGACCAGGUGUCACAGAUAGAAGAUUUUGUCCAGGAAUCUAUUUGUAGGAAAGAGCCAGUAGCAAGGAAAAUGUAUCCCCGAGAUAUUGCUAUGGAAAUGGAGAAUAUUAUACCACUAAGGGAUGAGGUUUACCCUUCAGAAGUAUUUGUGCUGAGUAUUGGGAAUGCAGAGUCUGCUGGGGACAAACUAGGUUCUACAGAACUCUGUGGAGGAACUCAUGUAACUAACACCGGUGACAUCGGAGAGUUCUACAUCACCUCAGCAGUCCGGUCAAAGCAGGCGACUAAACGGAUAUAUGCUGUAACUGGGCAACACACACAACAGGUGUAUGAAACGGGAAAGGGAGCACAGGAUUUACUCCAGAAGAUCAAGUCUGGAGUAUCUGGAAAGGGAGUACAGGAUUUACUCCAGAAGAUCAAGUCUGGAGUUGAUGCUAAAGAUAAAAUAGUAGACCUCAAUGAAUCUGUCCAAGAGCUUAAAAAUAUGCUGGACUUAGUUAUGCCAAAAGUGGUGCGAGACCAGGUGUUAUCAGAGCUGCCACUCCUAACUCUUAGUUUGGCUAGAAUGGAAUCAGAGAUACUGCUAGCUAAUGCUCAACAGGUUAUUACCGAGGAAAUUGAAGCACAGCAAAAUAAAAGUUUUGUUCUGUGCAGAAGUGAUGUAAGGAAAGAGAAACAGGGUAUCAAGUUGCUGCUCAGACUGCAGAAAGACAUUGACAAACCUUUAUGUCUAGUAUCAGAUCUGCAAUCCUCUAUCCUGGUAGCUGUUGCAGGUCCUAAGAACUGUUCUAUGGAGAUGGAGGAUGCGAUUAAUCAGCUGAUAAAAACGUAUGGCUGCGGAACCCUGUUUGCUCAAAGUAAAGGGGACACACAAUUAUACUCUACCGAUUUAAAAAAGAGACAAAUGACCAUAGAGGCCCAUGCAGACAAAGUGUGUGAAGUUACAAGGACUGUGUUGGAUGCUGUUUAUGCUGCAGUUCAACAGGAAAUUAAUUAGAAUACAACUAAUUAACAUCAUCAAAAAUCAAAUAUCAAUAUGCCUUUGUGUAAUUGAGAGAACACAAUCAAUUACAUAAGAAAUGACUUUGAAUAAGAUAAAAGACAGAGUGUUUGUGUUUGUGGUUAAAAGUGUGAAUAAGCAUCCAUAAUAUAGUGCUGCUAAAAAUAGAGCAGAUUGGUCAAAGGGAGAUAACUCAAAUUAAUUUAAAUUCCAUUUUGAGUAUCUAAAAUAAAGAGUGAAAUUUAGUGUAAAUACAUAAUACUGUUGUUAUUCCUGUGGUUACUAAACAUGAUAUAUUUCUUCAUGAGAUAUGUCAAACAGUGGAUGCACUACGUACUGCUUUGACGUAAACAAGGGGUGUGGACAUAAAAAGGGGUAUUUUGCAAUCAUUUAAAGGAACUUUUUUUGGGAUG